AUGUCUCGCUCAGCUGCAAUCGCAAAUGAAGCCGCUUCACACGGGCUGUCAGCCAAGAGCAACUUUACGAUCACAACUGGAUCAGAACAAAUCCGCGCCACAAUUGCCCGAGAUGGCCAGCUUGAGACAUUUGAAAAAGUGGAGGUAUCGUAUGGGACAAUCGCAAAAGCGUUACAUGCAUAUACUCAUGGCAUACUACGCCCCUCGCAUUCGUCCUACUUUGUUAUCUACUCCGAUGGCCCACAGUUCGUCACCCACCUUCCCCUAUGUCAUUUCCGCUUGUUGGCAAUCUGCUUUCGAUUCCACCUGGAUGAGUAUAUUGCAUUUGCAAAACUUGGAGAAGAACUCAAAUCCGAUAUGGUCUUCCUCAAGAUUUUCAGUCAGAAAAUCAUCGUGCUAAAUUCUACGGACGUUGCUACAGAAAUUCUCGACAAGCGUUCCGCAUUCCAUUCCGACCGCCCUUUUAUCCCAUGGUUGCAGAUGCAUCAUUUUAGCGAUACACAACAUAUUAUCGGCAACGAUGCAAACUCGUUUUCUUGUAAAUUUAUUCCCAUCACUCUUAUACAUGCCAACUGGUUCCCUUGGACUCGUUGGAAGCGCACAGGAAAGGAGUGGGGAGUACAGCAGGAAAAAGCUAAGGCCAUGCCAUAUGAGUGGUUGAAGCAACAAGUUGCCAAUGGAUCGCAUCAACCUUCUUUACUAGCCCCUUUAGUAAAAGACCACGAAAUGUUAUCGAACCUGACCUCCAGCGAGAAAGACGAACUACUGAAGGAAGUUGGGAUUGUACUAUUCGCAGGCGGAACUGAUACUGUAAGAUCUCCCAACUUUGUGGCCGCAAUGAUUUUAAACCCAGAUGUGCAAGAAAAGGCUCAGAGGGAGCUUGACGCUGUGCUUGGACACACUACCUUGCCCGAAAUGUCACACAAGGAGCGGUUGCCAUACACUCGGAAUCUAAUUGAAGAAGUGUUCCGGUUAUACCCGUUGUCCCACUUGCAAUGUCCCGGAGCUCAUUUCGCUGAGGCUUCGAUAUUUAUGAUCGUUGCAUCACUGCUUACUACGUUUACCUUCUCGAGGAAGAGAACAGAAGACGGCCAGGAGAUUGUACCACAAAUGGAAGCAGAACGUGACUCGAUGAUGCUUGAAUUGAAGCCGUUUGAUUUCGAGAUUCGAAACGUCCAUAACCCCCCUCGCGCGAACCCAGUACAAGAUGGCGAAGCAAAAAAGAAUGAGACCGAGGCCGAAGGAAAGGCCCCGGAGCGAAAAGGCCCUGCCGUGAUUGGGAUUAAUUUUGGAAACGCGUACGCGUCCAUUGCAGUUAUCAAUAAUGAAGGCGAGCCGGAUUGCAUUGCCAACGAAGAUGGCGAGAGGCAGAUCGCUGCCGCAUUGUCGUACUUUGGGCUCGAAGAGUACAUUGGGAAUCAAGCAAAACCUCAGCUCGUCAAAAAUUCCCAAAAUACCAUAACUAACUUCCGGAAUCAACUAGGAAAAAAGCCCAUCUACAUCGGCGCCUAUCAUCGACCACGAAGACCACCCGCAUAUAAAGUCACGAUCCUUACUCCAGCACCCCCGCCUUCUGCAGCACCUACGCCUAAAGCUACUCCGCUGCCCACGCGCCCUGCAUCGCCAAUUCCCCAAGAAAAAACACUCACAGCGCACGAUGUGUCUGUAUUAUUCCUCAAAUCCUUACUCCAGUCUGCCGUAGACUUCCUUGGUCGACCGAUAGAGGGCGCUGUGUUGAGCCGCGCGGCAGAGGAAGCAGGGAUCAAGGUGCUUCAGCUUCUCGAUGAGGCGGCAGCAGCAGCGUUGGCAUACACCGACGCGCCCCCCGUUGAGGAUGCCAGUCAUGCUCUCAAAUCGGACGACAAGACUACUUUGGUUGUUGAUCUCGGAGCAGCCUCCUUGUCACUUACGUUGUUGUCCUCGAAACAAGGGCUCUCAUGCGCUGUCGAAAGUCUGAAAGACGGGCGUAGAUUUCAGCGGGACUUUGAACCGACUACGUUUCGAUAUGUUGUUGACGAGGUCAAGAAGCUUCUCGAUUCGGCUGGUGUGGAUCCCAUUCUCGUUGACGAGGUUAUCCUCGUCGGUGGUAGUGCUGCCUUGCCAGGUUUGGCAGAGAGACUCGAGGGGCUAUUUGGCGAAAACACCGCAAUCAGGAGCGAGAUCGACCCGGGUCAGGGUGUGUCGGCUCCUGUCACCUCGAAAAUCCUUGCGCUUGUGUUUGCGGGAGACGACUCGACUGAAACUGGAUCCCACUUGUCGCCGCCGGAACCCCUCUCCCAGCUCGACGAGUCCUCCAAGGUUGCUGUUGAGCAGGACGAGGACGACGAAGAGGAACCAGAAGAGGAGGAGAUCCGAACGCGCAUCGUUAAGAAGGAUAGUGCGCUUGGUGGUGGUGUAGUUGAUAUCAAGGGCAAGAAGGGUGCGAAGCUACUUGUGCAGGCGAUUGUUAGCGCCGAGGGCAAGGUUGACUCUUUGAACAAGAUCCCUCGUGUCUAUCCGUUUAUGCUGGGAUAUGGUGGAAUGGGCAGGAUUGACCUCGAUGCGGUCGCAAACCAACCUGAAGCGACGCUGGGAGCAGAAACGCCACCCUCGUCAAUGAGCGAGACUCUGGUUGAGCAAGUACCCGAGGAGACUGAUCAAGUAGCAAUGGGAGUUAACUCUGCUCUAGUGACUUCCAGUGUGCCGCAGACACUUGUUCCAAUUCAGACAACUCCUAUAGCUCUCCUAACUUCCACCCCAAUAACUUUCUCUGUUUCUGUUGCGGUGUCGGCAACUUCUACGACUACAUCCUCAGUCCCACUCGCCGCUUUGAUCACAUCUUCUGUUGCAGUAUCGACGAGCGCUCCUGCUCCCAGUAGCAUGGUAGCAGCCGUUACCGUAUUGGCAACAUCGGAGACCACUUCAAGCCCAUUUUCCCCGGUCUCCCCCUCAGUGGUUGAAAUUAUCACCUCAGUUUCUCUUGUUCCUUCUCCGUCGGUUACAAGCGCGACCCAGGCGCUCAAACAGAAAUAUCCUUACGCCCUCUACGUCGCAUUCGGACUCGUAAUUCUCAUCCUCCUAUGCGCUAUCUGUGCUUCAAUUGCAUGGGUCCUGCGCAGGAGGCGCAAGCGGAAAGAAGCGGAAAAUGAUCUAUGGAUUGGGAGUGUACUAAAUGACGAACCCGAUGGUAAGGAUGGAUAUGAACUCGAGAAGGGCGUAGAUGAGGGAGGCCCCGGAAUGGCCGGAGUGGGAGCAGUGCGCAGAGAAGCGACCUACCCACCACUCACGCCUCCUUUGCUCAAUACUUGGCACUCCCAGGAUACGCCUAUGCCCAACAAUAGAAAUAGCACUUCUGGCGCCCUUUAUGGAUUUACCCCAGCUCACGUUCGUCAACCGUGGCGGCAUUCCUCUCUGCUCCAGAGAGACCCAAAUGGAGGAUUGACAUUGGACACCCGAGGUAUUGGUCCUGAGGGACGCGUCUCGUACCCCAACCCCCAUGCUGCACUGGCUUCUGCCGCCCCAUCUCAUUAUUCGUACGGGCGCGAGGGGCCCUUUGCGGUCACCAAUCUCAUGCCCGGGGAUAUUUCUAGCCGAGCCAGCGAGACAAGUUUAGGACGACAGACGAGUGAAGCGAGCCUGACUCGACUGGCUCCUGGAUUGAGGAAUAACGAUAAAGGAAGACCCGCUCGACCACUGGGACUCCCUACCGGGCGUCUGGACGACCCAAACCCAUGGAGACGUUAUGAAGGGGUCGAGAACCGGGGUGGCUCGAUGGGGACUGGGAAUCGUGUCAACGACAAGGGUUGGGGGGAUGCUCUCAGGUCUGGAAUCUACUCGGCCGUCGGAAGGAUAGUCGGGGUGGAGGAAACCAAGCUUGCAGAGACCAAGGAGGCCAAAUCUGCUGAGCAAGAAAAGGACCGAUUUACAGAGUUGGUGCAACGGAGGUACCCUCGUAGGGAACGGGGGGCGAAUCCAAAGAAAGCCCUCUCAGAUUGUGACAACGCUCGCACCGGGAUUUACGACGGCAGAUCCCAUGGCAGUAGCAACAGUCCUGAAUCUUCUGCACUCGCUCAGUCCGGAUCUUCGCCCGACGCGAUUAAAUCAGGAGAUGCCCGCCCAAUAGAUUGGCUCGAACGUGAACCUGGACAGCACAUGAUUCCGGAUUCCCGCGGCUGGAUCGUUGAAGAAUUUCCAGGUGGAUCAAUGGGAAAGAUUCAUAUAAUUGCUACAGGGGCGAGAGAUAGGAUUCUCCGUCGACUUGGGUCAAACUCGAGCGUAGCUACUUGGACAACCGUCUAUUCGACGGAUACAGACCCGGUGUUCAGCUCCGAGUCUGCUACCACAACGCGAGCGAAUACUAUCGCCACAUCUCGGAGAGAUACGAUCUCGACCCGGAGGAGUGGGUGCGUAGGUAUGAAUAGGAGCCGGGAACUCAGCACUACCUCGAGUGAUUGGGAUACGAUGAAUAUGGCCAAAGCUUUGGAAAUGUCCUUGGCUGGCAGGCCCAGGGACAAUGAGCGUAGACAUUAG